UGCUUUCAAUCGGUGUCAAUAAUCUCAUUAAUAACUAUACCACCAUUCCGUCGGGGUUAUUAAAGCAUGUCUGACUUAUUUUAUGAGUCACUGAAGUCGCCUGGCUCAACCGAUACUCGUCCCAAUGACAAGUCUCAUAAUGAUCCCGUCGCCCUCGAGUAUUUAUCCACUCUGGCUUCUAUGCCCCUUUCUCAACUAGACGGCUCCGAACAGCAAUCCCUAGCACAGUCCUCCCAUUCAUUACUCCUAUCUUUACAAGCACUUUCCAAGCGCUCCCACAAAUCUAUCAUCGCCUCCGCGGCCAAUCAUUCUCACCUCCGCUCAGCACUCCCUAUCCUAGCAGCCUCGACAAAUGAUCUCACAAGUGCUAUACCCAAACUAGAUAAUGAGGCAGUUCGUUUUUCUACUACUUACAAUAAAUCCGGAGAUAAUGAAAUUCUGAAUGCUCGGAAGCGAGCUCUGUUGUUAUCAAGAAACGUCGAGCGCCUAGUUGACGUACUUGAUUUACCUGCACUACUCUCCACUGCCGUCGCGGCUGGCUCUUCAGCUCCGGCCGCCAACUAUGCAUCCGCAUUGGACCUGAACGGUCAUAUCCGUCGAUUACACGGAUUGUACGCGGACUCGCCUUUAGUGACGUCUGUGUCCGCACAGGCUGACGAGGCUAUGCAGGCCAUGGCCAAGAAUUUAAUUGUGGGCUUACGCACACCCGGCCUCAAGCUGGCAUCUGCCUUGAGAACAACUAGUUGGCUUCGAAGAGUAGUGCCGGACCUUGACUCUGCCGGUACGGCUGGCAACGGCGGGGGGCUGGGUGCCCUUUUCCUCGUAUGCCGUUUAUCUACGCUUAUCAAUAUGCUUGCCGCCUUGGAGCCACUUCGCGAGUUGGCAGAGCAGGAAAGAAUCCGUCAGCAGCAAAACCCAUCCGGGAGCGCGUGGUCUGGUGGUCAGCAGACCGAGCGAUACCUCAAGCGGUACAUAGAAAUAUUCAGAGAGCAAAGCUUUGCUAUUGUUUCUAUGUUUAGGAGUAUAUUCCCUACGCCGACAAACGAACUGUCCUCGAGAACGGACGACGGUGAUCCUCUCCGACCUGUUCCCUCGGCGCUGUCAACAUUCCCGUUCCACCUAAUCGAAAUGUUGAUGGAGACGCUACGAAUCUACUUGCCAACCGUCAAGGACCAGCCAUCUCGUGAUAGCCUCCUAACACAGGUCCUGUAUUGCGCCGGGAGUCUUGGGCGUCUUGGAGGCGAUUUUGGCAUCUUGUUAGCUACGAUUGACGUUGGAGAACAAGCUGAAGACGAAUGGGUCGAAGUAGUGAAGCGACAUCGACUUAUGGCCGGCCGGCUGGAAUCGAUUGUCGGGGGCAAAGAAAAGGCUUCUCCAGAUCUCACCGUAGCAUGAACAUCCAUCUACAAAGUUGACUAAGGGGUUUUACAUUGAAGCCGUGAUCAUAUACCCGGAGUUGGCGCACGUGGGAACCCAUUAUCUACGGAUGUCGUUGCUUAGGUAUGAAGGGAACGAAAUUCCGAAGAAUCCUGAGAUAUUAUUCUCGAAUUCUCAUUCAGUUGAUAGCUCCCUGCUCGCUAUUCAUCCUUUACGGACAGUUAGGUGCUUAGUACUACAUAUGCUUCUAGCCGCGUAUUACUUCAAGGUUAUAUGUAACCUUUGUGCUUACCUUAGCGGGAGUUAAUGGGGCUAAACAAGGCCUGUGCAAGGCUGUAUAAAGUUUUAUACAAGGCUUGUGGUGUUAUUAUUUUUAUAAGGUUUAAUUUUUAAAAAUAAAGUUUUAAGUUUG